GUAGAAGGCCGGACGACUGGGCGCGUCGAGGACAGAGCAUACUGCUUGCAAGGUAUCCUCGAUGUUAAGCUAGCGCCAAUAUAUAGUAAGGGUGAGGCCGGCGCUUUCAACUAUCUAAAGCGCGAGAUGCACAAGCUAGAACAAUACAUCUAA